UCGCCGCCGCUGCUGCUGGGGCUGCUGCUGGGCCUGGCCUGCCGGGCGGCGGCGGGGGCGGCGGCGGGGCCGGGCCCGGGCCCGGGGCCGGAGCCGGAGCUGGAGCUGGAGCGGCGCUUCGUGCCGGACCCGUGUCCGCGCACCGUGCGCCGCGGAGACUUUGUCCGCUAUCACUACCACGGCUCCUUCCCCGACGGCCGACAGUUCGACUCCAGCUACGACCGGGGCUCCACCUUCAAUGUGUUCGUGGGGAAGGGCCAGUUAAUCGCAGGGAUGGACCAGGCCCUGGUCGGGAUGUGUGUGAACGAGAGACGCUUCGUGAAGAUUCCCCCCAAUCUGGCCUACGGGAGCGAAGGAGUCUCUGGAGUGAUCCCUCCAAACUCCGUCCUCCAUUUUGAUGUGCUCUUGAUGGACCUCUGGAAUUCGGAAGACCAAGUUCAGAUCGACACUUACUUCAAGCCCCCUAACUGCCCGCGGACGAUCCAGGUGUCGGAUUUUGUACGGUACCAUUACAAUGGCACGUUUUUGGAUGGGACCCUCUUCGACUCGAGCCACAAUCGGAUGAAAACAUACGAUACCUACGUGGGCAUCGGUUGGCUGAUUCCCGGGAUGGAUAAAGGGCUUCUGGGGAUGUGCGUCGGGGAAAAGCGCAUCAUCACCAUCCCGCCUUUCUUGGCCUACGGAGAAGAUGGAGACGGGAAGGACAUUCCUGGUCAGGCGUCUCUGGUCUUUGACGUGGUUCUGCUAGAUCUCCACAACCCCAAAGACGGCGUUACCAUCGAGAAUCGGUCCGUGCCCGAAAACUGUGAGCGGAGGAGUCGGGCGGGAGACUUCCUCCGAUACCAUUAUAACGGCACGCUUCUGGACGGCACCUUGUUUGAUUCCAGCUACUCCCGGAACCGUACGUUCGACACGUACAUCGGGCAAGGUUACGUGAUUGCCGGGAUGGACGAAGCGUUGCUCGGGGUGUGCAUCGGAGAAAAGCGAAGGAUCACCAUUCCUCCUCAUCUGGGUUACGGCGAAGACGGAAGAGGGAAGAUCCCCGGCUCGGCCGUUUUGAUCUUCGACAUCCACGUGAUCGAUUUCCACAACCCGUCCGACUCCAUCGACAUCACGACGUCCUACAAGCCCGCCAACUGCUCCGUCCUCAGUAAGAAGGGCGACUACCUGAAGUAUCACUACAACGCCUCCCUCCUGGAUGGCACUUUGCUGGACUCCACGCUGAAUUUAGGCAAGACCUACAACAUCGUGCUGGGAUCCGGACAGGUCGUGCUGGGGAUGGACCUGGGGCUCAGAGAUAUGUGCGUUGGAGAGAAGCGGACGGUCAUCAUCCCCCCGCACCUCGGCUAUGGGGAGGCCGGGGUCGACGGAGAGGUGCCCGGGAGCGCGGUCUUGGUUUUCGACAUCGAGCUGCUGGAGCUGGUGUCCGGCCUGCCCGAGGGAUACAUGUUCGUAUGGAACCAAGAGGUGUCCGCCAACCUCUUCGAAGAAAUCGACAAGGACGCCGACGGAGAAGUUCUCCUGGAGGAGUUCUCAGAGUACAUCCUGGCCCAGGUGGCGUCCGGCAGGGGGAAGCUGGCCCCGGGCUUCGACGCCGAGCUGAUCGUGAAAAACAUGUUCGCCAACCAGGACCGCAACGGGGAUGGCAAGAUCACGGCCGAGGAGUUCAAACUGAAAGACCAGGAGGCCGGGCACGACGAACUGUAGACAGGAAAGCCGGCCUAGGCGUGAGAGCUGAGCGGUCUAACCGUUCAGGAGGUUGCCAGCUGAUGUGUGCCUGUGUGUAUGUGUGUGUUUUUGACGUACGUGGGGUGUCGCAUUCUGCGUGGAGAGGGCGAUCCCAGCAGAGCCCGGAGAAUAGCGCAGAUACGAUCGAUAUCAAGCGCCUCCGCGUGGAACGGACGAAAGUCGAAACAGCCUUAUUGCCAGCCUUUGUUUCGCGAGCCGUCGAGCUGAUUUGGCUCUGAAAGGACAGCGGUUACGUUCACCUUGGCCGGAUGGGAGAGAGGGGAAAAAAACAGCGGCUAAUUUUAGGGCCAUCCGUUAGUGCCGUUAAAAAAAAAAACAACCCAGACGUCCAGUCGGAGAGGAAGCCCGAGCCCCUCUUGGGUCCCCGUCGGGAGACGGCCCGCUCGAGGAGGCCUGUUCUCAGGUGGGGCCGACUCAGACCCACGCGGCCCACCGGCGGGUCCCACAGCCUCCCGUAAUCUGAGCGGAAAGUCCAGGCGUCUCUGCCGGGCGAGGGCCAGCGGGGGGGGUCGCUGAACAGCUGAGCGAGGCUGGGCUGCCAGCGGGCCCAGACUAGACCGUCGGCUUUUCUGAGGCGCGUUUAAUCUCGGCCGAGGCCUCCCUACCGACGGCCGUGCUCCGCCUAACUGUGCGGAGAGGCCCGGGGUCUCAGGGGCGGGGUUCUCUCCGGUCGGCGGGGUGGCCCGUUCCUGCCCAAAAGAUCCGAACGAUGGGUGCGGCGUCAGAAAGCAGAUGAGGAUGGAUACCGGGCCUCCCCUCCCGGCCCGGAGACCAAGGACGCCGAAAGGUGAAUGUGAAAUGUGUCUGUCGUGUGCGCUCGCUGGCUUCCGCUUUGCCCCCUCUGGAUACGGAUGGUGCUGGCUCCACCCUCGAUUUACCCAGUGCCUCCUCUUUGUGGAAACUGCUUUAUUUGACUAAAUUAAGAUAUUUUGUACGGUUGUAGUUCUGUAGAUCCUGAAAAUCGCAGCGCAGAUUUUGUCAGAAUUAGACAGUGCUGAAGAAUUGACCUUUUGUUACAUAAAAACGUUGUCGCGUAA